AAAAUUUGACAAAUGGGAAUCAAAAGCCAAAAGAACACAUAAUUUAGCAGAAUCUUAGCUGGAUGCAUCUCUUCCUCUUCUUCACAAUUCCACCCUUUCCCAUUCUCUUUUCCAUCACUUUCCUGGGAAAAUCUCAAAGAGAAAGUUUCCACUUAAUUCACACUCUCACUCCCAAACUGAACCUCCAUCUCAACAAUGCCCACUUCCUCUUCACUCAUCUUCAUCGCAUUCUUCAUCUUAUCCUACACCCCAUACCUCUUAUCCUCCGCCCCAACUCGCCGAAUUUUACACCAGCCAUUUUUUCCGCUCGACAACAUUCCGCCGGCCGAACCACCUUCUGCCUCUCCGCCUCCUCCGUCUACUCCUCCUAAAAUCCCAUUUUCCACUACUACCCCUAAUCAAUCUCCGUUUUUCCCGUCCUACCCUUCUCCACCUCCUCCUACUACUUCUCCGGCCACAUUCGCUUCUUUUCCGGCGAACAUCUCAUCUCUUAUUCUUCCUCAGUCUCCUUCGAAACCCAAGUCUCAGAAACUCCUCGCCGUCGCAAUCUCCGCUGUAAUCUCUGCCAUUAUUGUACUGGGUCUCAUUAUCUUUUACUACGCUCGCCGGAGACGAAACCAGGCUGGAUUUUCCGAUGACAAGACGUACAGAUCCGAUAAUAGUAACAGAAUUUAUCAAGCUCAAGUGGGUUCGAAGAGCAGUACGAACAGUCGGAAGUUGAGGACAAGAACUAGUUCAACUAGCUCGGAGUUUCUUUAUCUGGGUACGUUAGUUAAUUCUCAUAGUGUUCAUGACUCUUCAAAUGCUCAUGAAAGUCCUAGUCUUGGAUUGGAUCAUCGGAAAAUGGACUCGCCGGAGUUACUGCCGUUGCCGCCUCUUAACAGGGUUUCCGGGCAGCAGAAUUAUGUGAAUGGAGAUGUGAGUUCCACUGCCGAUGAAGAUGAGGAGUUUUACUCGCCGAGAGGUUCAUUAGGAGGUAGAGAAAGCUCUAGUGGUGUAGGAUCAGCGUCUAGAAGAGUGAUGGCCGCCGGUGGUGAUCAUUUUGGUGGUUUAAAAAGCUCUGAUUCGAGUUCAUAUACAUCUUCUAGCUCAGAUUCUCCUGAUAGGUCUCAGUCAUUGAGCAUCUCGCCACCAGCAAGUUCAAGUCCAAGACCAAAGUCACCGGAAAAUAAUGCUGCUGCUGCUCCUCUUCCACCGUCACCACCGUUAAUUCCGCUCAGUAACGUACGGAAGUCUCAAUCUUCAUCUCCUUCAACUCUGCCUGCUUCAUCUCCAGAUGAGUCACCCAGAAUAUCAUUUGAUUUAGAGCGAAUUGUACGGUCUCCAUCACUGUCCCCAGCUAAAAUAUUGAAUGGUUUGAAACAAAAUACGCAAUAUUUAUCCUCUGUGUCUACAUCCCCAGAUAGGGCUUUGGAAAAGAUUCCGUCUUCAGGAAAUUUAUCAAAUGAUUUGAAUCGAAAUGUAAUGUUUUCAGCUUCUCCUUCACCGGGAAGAGGAUCGGAAAUUAACCCUAAUCAGAGUAUAAAGUCUUCUUUAGUGUCAUCAGCUUGUUCAUCACCAGGUAGUAACUUGCUGAAGAGUACUAGUACUACACCACCAGAUGCAUCACCAAGUGUGAAUUACGGAUUUUCGGGUUUAAAUGCGAAGAUUAGCAAUGUUCUAGAGCAGCCUAUUUCAGCUCCGCCGCCACCUCCUCCUCCACCUCCACCACCAUCACUUCCAUCCCAACUACAACUACAACAGAGAUACUCUUCAGCACCCCCGGCGCCGCAACGAAAGGGACUCUGGGAUUUGCCAGUUGCAUUGACUCCAACAGGGCAGCCAAUUUCUAGGCCUCCGGCGAUUAUACCACCAUCUAGGCCUUUUGUGUUACAAGGUUCAGCACCGAUGGUAUCUCCGAUUGAGUUGCCACCAAGUUCUGAACCAGUUGAGCAUGUUGAGGAGACUCCCAAGCCUAAGUUAAAGCCGUUGCACUGGGAUAAAGUUAGAGCAAGCUCUGACCGCGAAAUGGUUUGGGAUCAGCUGAGGUCGAGCUCUUUUAAAUUGAAUGAGGAGAUGAUGGAAAGUUUAUUUGUUGUUAACACUCCAAACCAAAAACAAAACCAGACAACUCCACGUUCAGUUGUUCCGUCUCCAAAUCAAGACAAUAGGGUACUUGAUCCUAAAAAGGCACAGAAUAUAGCGAUUUUGCUCAGAGCCGUGAACGUGACAAUUGAGGAAGUUUGUGAAGCUCUUUUAGAAGGCAAUACUGAGACACUUGGAACUGAACUUCUAGAAAGCUUACUGAAGAUGGCUCCUACCAAAGAAGAAGAGCGAAAAUUAAAGGAAUAUAAAGAUGAUUCACCAACAAAGCUUGGUCAUGCUGAGAAAUUCCUGAAGGCUGUCCUUGAUGUACCUUUUGCAUUUAAGAGAGUGGAUGCAAUGCUUUACAUAACCAAUUUUGAGUCUGAGGUUGAGUACCUCAAAAGAUCAUUUGAAACUCUAGAGGCUGCUUGUGAAGAACUUCGAAGCAGUCGGAUGUUCUUUAAACUUCUAGAAGCUGUGCUCAAGACAGGAAACCGCAUGAAUGUUGGGACUAACCGCGGUGAUGCCCACGCCUUCAAGCUUGACACACUACUCAAGCUUGUUGAUGUGAAGGGAGCAGAUGGAAAGACCACACUCUUGCAUUUUGUCGUACAGGAAAUUAUUAGAACUGAAGGUGCUCGUCUUACAGGUAUCAACCAAACUCCAACUUCAACUGAAGAUGCUAAAUGUAGAAAGCUUGGACUUCAAGUUGUUUCCGGUCUAAGUUCAGAGCUCACCAAUGUGAAGAAAGCAGCUGCUAUGGAUUCUGAUGUACUUAGCGGUGACGUUGCCAAACUUUCUAAAGGCAUUGAGAAUAUUAAUGAGGUAUUGAGAUUAAAUGGAACAAUAGGUUUGGAAGAAAGCAGACAGAAAUUUUCAGAAGCAAUGAAAAGAUUCAUGAAAAUGGCCGAGGAGGAAAUCAUAAGGAUUCAAGCCCAUGAAAGUGUUGCUUUAUCUCUAGUGAAGGAGAUCACAGAAUACUUCCAUGGAAAUUCAGCUAAGGAAGAAGCCCAUCCUUUCAGAAUCUUCAUGGUGGUCAGGGAUUUUCUGGGCGUUCUUGAUCGGGUCUGCAAAGAAGUCGGUUUGAUAAAUGAGCGAACAAUAGUCAGUUCCGCCCAUAAGUUUCCGAUUCCAGUGAAUCCUAUGCUGGCUCAGGCUAUUGCUGGACUCAAUCCAAAGAAACAGUACAAUUCUUCAGAUGAUGAGAGUGCACCAUCUCCUUAGUAAUUGUGGAUCAGGCUGAAUUUUUGUUGCAUAUAGCCUGAAACUGUGAGGCUGGUGGUUCUUCAGGUUUGCCUGCCUGAUUCAUGUAAUUUAUUUAUUUUUUCUUUUCCAAUAUUUGUAUAAAGUUUUGGGAUUGCUUGUCUUAUAGAUAGUAUACAGAGAUCUUUGGGAGGAAUAAUACACAUACCGAUCUCGGGUGGAUAAUGAAUCUCAUGUAAACCUGUCAAAGACUUUGAUUAUAGGAAUUCUGUUUAGUUAUAGAAGUAAAGAUCUUAACUUUAGGAUUUUCCUGUUAUAUAGAAGAAUUUAUGCAUAAUUUUCA